AUGCAGCGAAAAAGAUGAGGAAAAAAAAAAAUACCUAAGCCCUUGCUACCUCCCCUCUGUGCAAGGAUCUCGCGUCCUUGCCCAGUAGAGAGCUCGGAGCUCCCUUCACUUCACUAAUAAUGGCAACCACCAAUCUUCUCCCUCCGUCGCUGGCCUUCUCCAAAACCUACAACCCUCCUGAAAUCCGUGCAAACCCGACAGUUGGACUGCGUCUUCCCAUUUGCAAGCGCCAGGAGGGGGUCCUGAGACUGCGGGCGGUCCUGUCAGAUAAGACCCGGACCGUAGAUGCCGUUUCCACAAAAUUCUCACAUUGUUUUAAGAAAUCAGAAGAUGGGUUCCUCUACUGCGAGGACACAAAGGUCCAGGAUAUCAUGGACUCCGUCGAGAAGCGCCCUUUCUAUCUCUACAGCAAAACCCAGAUCGCCAGAAAUGUUGAGGCGUACAGGAAUGCUCUUACUGGGCUGAACUCGAUUAUUGGGUAUGCAGUGAAGGCGAACAAUAAUCUGAAGAUACUCGAGUUUCUAAGGGAGUCGGGAUGUGGGGCGGUGCUUGUUAGCGGGAACGAGUUGAAAUUGGCCCUCCAUGCUGGAUUCGACCCUACCAGGUGUAUAUUCAAUGGAAAUGGGAAAACCUUGGAAGACCUUGUCUUGGCUGCAGAAGCUGGAGUUUUCAUUAACGUUGAUAGUGAAUUUGACUUGGAGAACAUCGUAACUGCAGCAAGAAUAGUAGGGAAAAAUAUUCCUGUUCUGCUUCGUAUCAAUCCAGAUGUGGAUCCUCAGGUUCAUCCUUAUGUAGCUACAGGUAACAAGAAUUCCAAAUUUGGAAUCAGAAAUGAAAAGUUGCAAUGGUUUCUUGAUGCUGUGAAAUCUCAUCCAAAUGAACUAAAGCUAGUGGGUGCUCAUUGUCAUCUUGGCUCCACUAUUACCAAGGUGGACAUAUUCAGAGAUGCUGCUGUAUUGAUGGUGAAUUACAUAGACCAAAUUCGGGAGCAAGGCUUUCAAAUUGAUUACUUAAACAUUGGAGGUGGCCUGGGGAUAGAUUAUCAUCAUACUGGUGCUGUUCUUCCAACACCAAUGGAUCUUAUUGAUACUGUCCGAGAGUUGGUCCUCUCUAGGAAUCUGAACCUUAUUAUUGAGCCUGGAAGGUCACUGAUUGCCAACACUUGUUGUUUCAUUAAUCGGGUGACUGGUGUUAAAACUAAUGGGACAAAGAACUUUAUCGUGAUAGAUGGAAGCAUGGCUGAGCUGAUCCGCCCAAGUCUUUAUGGAGCUUACCAGCACAUAGAGCUACUGGCUCCCCCAUUGCCUGAUGCGGAGAUCUCUACCUUUGAUGUGGUUGGACCUGUCUGUGAGUCAGCAGAUUUUUUAGGGAAGGACAGAGAACUUCCAACACCAGAGAAGGGAGCUGGUUUGGUUGUUCACGAUGCUGGAGCAUACUGCAUGAGUAUGGCAUCAACCUACAAUCUCAAGAUGCGCCCACCAGAAUACUGGGUUGAAGAUGGAUCAGUUGUGAAAAUCAGACAUGGAGAAACUUUUGAAGACCACCUAAGGUAUUUUGAAGGUCUUUGAUCUGAAUGUGCCAAACCCAUUGAUCAUGCUCUGGAGAACUGAUGCUUUGUUCUGUGUAAGAAUAUUUUAUUUUAUAGAGUACUUGCCCAAUGUCUAAGCAUUUGGUCAUGCUUGCCACGUUGGAGGCCGAGUUAUGAUAUGACUAGCAAAGCAGAAUAUUGAAAAGCCACCAGGAGGUUCCCCUCGUCAAUUUUUCAUUUGUUUCACAACCGUUGCAUGUAGAUCAAGAAAACCCCUAUGUUAAGUUGUGCAUUUGAAACUGCUUGCUCGGUAGCUGAGUGAAUGGUUUGGCAAGUCCUUUUGGACAGUCUCCUUGAUUAUUGCAUGAAUUCAGUGGUUAGAAGUUAGAACGCAAGCUGGGGCUACGCUUAUGACUGUAUUUUAUGUGCAGUAAAUGCAUAUUAAAUGUUAUGCCAUCAUCAGGUGAAAGCGAAGCUCGCCAAUUGAUCAAUUCAUAUCUGUUUAAUUGGUUGUU